AACGUUAGAUGCACGAGAGUCUGCGAAGCGCACGUCCGACACCGGAGGAGAAUUAACCUGCAGAGCUUGUAUUCUCUCCGGCUACGUUGAGCACUUUACCCUGGCAUUAAAGCCGUUGGUUUGUAUUGAGAAGAUAUACGCAUAAUAAUGACGGACUCCAAAAAAUUCAUCGAAAACCUCUCCGGGGCAGGGAAGUCUAUUGGCGUCCUGACAAGCGGCGGAGAUGCGCAGGGUAGGCUAUUUUUUUCCGGUAAAGAACGACACACCAGUGUCACGGGUGCCUCGUUUACUUGACAAUAAAGCGACAAACUGAUUCUUAAAUGUUUAAGCUACAUUUAACGGUAGGCCUAUUGCUUUUAUUUAGCAUAUAAAUGAGCAUAACAGAAUCGGCGCAAGAUGGUUACGGUGGUGCAGUUCUGUGCCUUUAAACUGACAUCAAACUGCCGUAAAUACUUUUUGGGGGUGGGUUCCAAAAUAUACUGAAUCGCGAAAUCAAAAAAACUGAUGCCGAAUAUAUAGGCUAUAUAGAUUUAGAACAGAUUAACAUGCAAGUCUAUAAAUAGUUAUUUAACAAAGCUUAAUGAUGUCAUUAAAUCAAUGCAAACCCAAUAGUGUUGCGCUCAUUGCCGAUGCGCUCAAGCGUCAUGACAACGCGUAAACUGGGUGCGCUCGGGCGCAAUUGAAAUAACGCAGAGCAAAAAAAUAAACAAAUAAACAGAGGACAAAAACUGCAUUGGUGUAAGGUCAUUAUCUGAAUAAACGUUUUGUUCACACCGGCAUUGAAAUAACUCAUCAUGGGUAAAUAUUCAGACAUUCAAAAGGAUUUUGCGCAUGUUUUUUCCUCACCGUUUGAUGCGCACCUGUGGGAUUCCUGCAUUCAUUAUGCUGCUCACGAAUACGAGCGCGUGAUGUCGGGCAAGAAGCAAAGCGGUCGCUGCCUCUGACUCCCUGCCGUGAUCACGUGGGAAAAUAACCCUAACCGCAUCCCUUAGGGGUUUCAAUAGCAGGAGGAUAGCCUAAACUUCCGUUCAAAGCCCCCGGGAUCGUCUUUAAAAAGAGCAUCAAAGCUAUACAUUUGUCAUCAUAGCAUGCGUAACUGUAAACACAACAAGAAAGAAUUCAAUAUGACAGUGUUGUGUGACUUUGUUUACAAAUUGUCUGACUCUCUUCAAGAAAAUUGUAGUGACAUGAUAUAUUGUUAAAGAGUGUUGUGGUAUCAACUCAACAAUGAAUGAAUCUAUAAACUGAUGAAGAAAUUUAAACGAAUAACAAAGAAGGAUGUUUGGAUGUAGUGUGGAUGUGCAGCCGAACUUGUUCGCAGGUACUGAUACAAACACUUGACUAUGUGCACUUUGGCAGUGUUAUUUCAGAUGGUUUUGAUAGUCUGAGGUCUACUGCGAAUUUCCUUUGAAACAGAAUCAAAUGUUAUUUGGGGGAAAUCGCUUAUAUUUUUAUUCUAUGUUAAAGCAGUUUUCACCACAGAUGUGGUGCUGUGUGUGUCUCUUUCAAUAAGCAGAAUAUUCAGUACUGAAACCACUAAAACUAGGUUUGAAAGAUGUAUACAAUAAAGUGCUUGAAUUGUGUCAUUGGCAAACAGAAAAGCAAAUUUUGUGUUUUGGAAAGUAUAAUAAUAAACUUUAUUUUUCUAAAGCGCCUUUAAAGUGCAUCUCAUAGCUCUUUACAAGUCAAAUUCAGUACUAAACAUUCCACAGUUUUGAAAUUGAAAAAUAAAAAUAAAACCUACCAAUAUAAAAUAAAAGAAUCAAGUAAAAGCUAUCAUAAAUACAUGUGUUUUAAGACGAGAUUUAAAAGUGCUUAGAGAUUUAGACUGCCUUAUCUCAUUCGGAAAAGCAUUCCAUAAUUUUGUAGCUAAAGAAGAGAACGCCCUAUCACCCCUCGAUCUCAACCGGGUUGGUGGAAUAGUUUAAAGUUUUGGAUGAGCGAAGGUCACGCACUGGAGUAUAGGAGAUUUAAAGCUCAGAUAGAUAUGGAAGUGCAAACCCAUGCAAAGACUUAAGAAAGCAUUAAGAUUUUAAAAUCAACCCAAACCUAACGACUCCAAAAUAGACGGGAUAUGAUCACUUAGCAUAGAUCUUGUCAGGAUUCUGGCAGCAGAAUUUUGCACAACCUGGAAUCUGUUUAGGGUAGAUUUAUAGACCCCAGCCAACAACGCAUUAUAAAAGUCGAUACGGGAAAACAUAAAGGUGUUAAUCAACCUCUCAGCGACAGAGCCAGCCAGGAUCAGCCGUAAUCUACUGAUAUUGCUAAAAUGAAAGAAGGAUGUUUUAACAGUAUUGCCUGAAUCAGAGUCACUUUUGAGUUACCCACUUUUUCAUCUCUGGUGACACUACGUUUCCUAGCAACGGUCUCUAGGCAGUAGGUCUCCCAUCACUAUGGGUUAGGGUGGACUCUAGCCUCAGGGGAAUACAUGCUUUAUUUGACUUGUUGGGUCACAGCACUAUAGAAACAUAGUGAGCUUAACCUCCACAUCUCCCUCUACCAGCUUUGCAUCACUGACCAUGUAUGUCACAUGCAACUUCAGUAGCAAAGCACUUUGUGAGCCUAUACAACAUUUUUUUUUUAACUCUUUCUUUCUGAACUUUUUUCUUCCCGAAGGUAUGAAUGCUGCCGUGAGGGCAGUUGUCAGAAUGGGAAUCUACGUAGGAGCAAAAGUUUAUUUCAUCCAUGAGGUGACUUUCUGAGUCUCAGUCUCAAAUUUUUUAAUAUGAUUUAGAAAUUCAAAUCCCGUGUGAAAUCCCAAGUGGAUUGUUAAAAUGACAGUUCAAGCGAAAAUAUCAUCUUUUAUUUGCACUCAUGUCGCUCCAGACCUGUGUGACUUUCCUUCCCCCUCAAAAUACAAAAUGAGAAUUUGCUGAAGAACGUUAGUUGCCAAACAACAUCGGUUUCAAUUUGCCUCCAUUGUAUGGACACAAAACCACAACAUUUCUCAAAAUAUCUUCUUUUGUGUUCCACAGAAGAAAGGGUCAUAAACUGGUUUUGAAUGACAUGAGGGUGAAUAAAUGACAGAAUGUUCGUUGUAUUAACAUACGUAUGAAAACUUGAAACAGAUAAAAGACCCUCCUGUUGUUGCUUUGGACGAGAGAAAAAAUGAAUUCAGGUUUGUUUUUGUAACAAUGAGUGGAUUGUGUCAAAGGGGUACCAGGGCAUGGUGGACGGAGGUGAAAACAUCAAAGAGGCAUCAUGGGAAAGUGUUUCCAGCAUGUUGCAAGUGGUAAGCAAAUUGUCUUAUUAAAAAACACACGUGACUGGACAACAAAACCAGUCUCAUGGGUCAAUUUUUAGAAAUGGAGAUGUUUACAUAAUCUGAAAGCUGUAUAAAUAAGCGUUCUUUUGAUGUAUGAGUUGUUAGAAUAGGACAAUAUCUGGCUCAGAUACAAACCAAUUUGCUUUUGAAGUUGUUAAUCGGGCUCUGUGGCAGGCCUUCCACUCGCAAACAUAAAGUUUUUAUAUAUUUAAGGGUGGCACAGUGAUUGGCAGUGCCCGUUGCAAGGAUUUUCGUUCCCGGGAGGGACGUUUGCAUGCGGCUUUAAACCUGGUGCAGCGGGGCAUCACCAACUUAUGUGUGAUUGGUGGAGAUGGCAGUUUGACCGGUGCUAACCUCUUCAGGGAGGAGUGGAGCGGACUAUUGGAUGAGCUCGUCCAAUCGGAUCAAAUCAGUGAAGAAGCUGCUCAGAUUCAUUCUACGUUACAUAUAGUCGGGAUGGUGGGCUCAAUAGACAACGACUUCUGCGGGACAGAUAUGACUAUUGGCACUGACUCCGCAUUGCACAGGAUCAUAGAGGUGGUGGAUGCGAUAAUGACCACAGCACAGAGCCAUCAAAGGACCUUUGUGCUUGAGGUCAUGGGCAGACACUGUGGGUAUCUAGCAUUAGUCAGUGCUCUCGCAUGUGGAGCUGACUGGGUCCUCAUUCCAGAAAUGCCUCCCAAAGAUGGCUGGGAGGAACAGAUGUGCCAGAAAUUAUCAGAGAAUCGUGCUGAUAAGAAGCGGCUUAAUAUCAUCAUAGUAGCAGAAGGCGCAAUAGACCAAAACAACAAGCCCGUAACCACAGACCAUAUAAAGGAUCUGGUGGUGCACUGCUUGGGAUUUGACACCCGGGUCACCAUCUUGGGCCACGUCCAGAGAGGAGGAACACCCUCUGCCUUCGACAGAAUUUUGGCAAGUCGUAUGGGUGUGGAAGCUGUGUUGGCCCUGUUAGAAGCGUCUCCCGGUACCCCGGCGUGUGUGGUGUCGCUAUGUGGGAACCAGGCCGUCAGGGUUCCUCUGAUGGAAUGUGUUCAAAUGACUCAGGAGGUGCAGAAGGCCAUGGAUGAAAAAAGAUUUAAAGAGGCUGUAAAGCUACGUGGCAGAAGUUUUGAAAACAACCUGAAAACCUACAAACUCUUGUCUCACCACAAAACGGACGAUGAGCUGCCACAUAGUUCAUUUAAUGUAGCCGUGUUGAAUGUUGGUGCUCCGGCAGCAGGGAUGAAUGCAGCGGUGCGCUCAGCGGUCAGGGUGGGCAUUACCGAGGGUCACACUAUGUUUGCGGUCAGUGAUGGAUUUGAGGGCUUCUACAAGGGGCAGAUAAAAGAAAUAAAAUGGGGGGAUGUCGGAGGCUGGACUGGUCAGGGUGGCUCCCUACUAGGGACAAAAAGAACCCUUCCAGCAAAGCAUAUUGUAAAGAUUGCAGAACAGAUGAGGAUUCAUAACAUCAAUGCUUUACUGGUUAUUGGAGGAUUUGAGGCAUAUAUGGGACUUAUGGAGCUGCAAGCAGCUCGCUCUAAACACGAAGAGUUUUGUGUUCCCAUGGUGAUGGUUCCGGCCACUGUGUCCAACAAUAUUCCCGGCUCUGACCUGAGCAUUGGGGCAGACACUGCCCUCAACGCCAUCACAGACACGUGUGACCGCAUAAAGCAGUCGGCCAGCGGCACCAAGCGGCGGGUGUUCAUAAUUGAGACGAUGGGCGGGUACUGUGGUUACCUAGCGACCGUGGGGGCACUGGCGGCAGGAGCCGAUGCAGCCUACAUCUAUGAGGAAUCGUUUGACAUCCGUGACCUUCAGUCUAACGUGGAGCAUUUAACUGCGAAGAUGAAGACCGGCAUCCAGAGGGGUUUAGUGAUCAGGAAUGAGAACUGCAGUGAGAACUACACCACUGACUUCAUCUAUCAGCUGUACAGCGAAGAGGGCAAAGGAGUGUUUGACUGCAGGAAGAAUGUCCUGGGACACAUGCAGCAGGGCGGCGCUCCAUCCCCCUUUGACAGAAACUUUGGCACUAAAAUUGCAGCUAAAGCCAUGCAGUGGAUCUCCAAGAAGCUCAAAGAGUUUUACAGAGAGGGACGUGUGUUUGCGAACACAGAGGAUUCAGCGUGUUUGCUGGGAAUGAGACGCAGGGCACUUCUCUUCCAACCUGUGACACAACUCAAGGAUGAGACAGAUUUUGUUCACAGGAUCCCAAAGGAACAGUGGUGGCUCAGACUACGGCCACUCAUGAAGAUACUGGCCAAGUACAAAACCAGUUAUGACGUGUCCGACGCUGGCCAACUGGAACACAUCGUCCCUCUGAGAGCUAAAGACAACUCUGCUAUUUAAAUGAGCUGUGUGUGUAAAAACAUGUCAUUCUGCAAUAUAUGUAUUGAACCUGUGGGACCUGUGUUAGCAUUCCGCAGCAGAUCUAUUGACCUGAUCUUUAACCCUAACGAAUAAACGUAUAAAUCAGUGCACAUUAAAAGCCAAGAAAUAUACUAGCUAUGUUGUGACAAAGUCAGUUUAGUUUCUUUAGCCUUCAGCUUUUUUCUCCAGGUUAUGGGGAUUCCAUUUUGUGAAUAGUCAAGAGUUACUUAUAUUAUUAAUAGUAAUAAUGUGCAGAUCUUAUUUUUAAAUAUGGUGAAAUUGUUCUGCUUGCAUGCAGUGAUACGCCUCAUGCACUUUCCACAUCUUAUUCGGUUUUGUUUGCGCAGGCCGUUUGUACCAAAGCAGAUGUUGCGUUAGUGUAAAUGUUUUUCCUCCAAUUUAUUGUGUGUUUCCAACCAAUGAUGCAUAAACUCCUUUAGAAUGUA